AUGUCUUCUUCCCAGCAGCCCCCUAGGCCUCUCAGCCACCUCUCUCCCGUCCCAAUCACCCAGCAAGGUCUUCAAGCCUUUUACGACAACGACAGCAAGCAGCUCAUCCUCAGAGCCCAGGGCAAUGCUAUCCACAUCACCACUGGCAUUGAGUUCAAGCGUAUUCAACAGUUCGUUGGCGGUCUCCUCUUCGAACUUCAGGGAUGGGUUGGCCCCGUCACCCACGGAACCCAGCCUUACGAGAUUGAAAACACUUUCAACAUCGACCUGCCCAACCGCGUCACCCCUUCCGGCUACGUCUUCAUCAAGGGCGCCAACAACGCCGAGUACAAGGUCAAGAUCCAGCCCCUGUUGAAGGAUGGAUCCAGUGGCAACAACAACACCGCCUCCAACGUGACAGCCAGCUCCGAGGCCCCCAAUGUCAAGCUCAUUCCCCCCACGGAGCCCAUCAUCACCCAGCUCGGCAAGCCCAUCACAGUCCUUCAGAGCGACCAGUUCACCGGCAAGGGAGGCAGCGUCGACAUCACCUUUGAUGACCGCUUCCUCAAGCUCACCAACGCCCGCGUCACCGACAACCAGAUCGAGUGGACCUUUGACCCUCUCCAGACCGGCGACACCGAGGUCGACGUCUACGUCUCGCAGCACCAACCCCCCUUCACCUACCGCGUAGUCCACAAGGUCAUCAUCAACCCGCCCUCCAACACCAAGCCCCUCAACGCCCUGGCUCUCUUCUCCGUCAACCAGGCCUCCAAGGCCGUAAACGACACCACCGAGUCCGACAUUGCAAAGUCCGGCGACAAGAACUCCAACAUCGUCCUCAUCUCCUGGGACGAUAUCGUCACCGCUGGACUCGACAUCAUCAAGAAGCAGUACCCCGACGCCCAGCUCCUGACCGCCGAGGGCAACGCCCCGGGCGCCCAGAGCCCUUACCAGCUCGCCAAUGUCCGCUUGAGCGCGCGCGUCGACGGCAACAAGACGGCGACCAUUCGCAGUCUCGGUUACUACGACUUUGGCCCCGUGGAGACGGGUCCCCUCUGCCUCGGCGUCACCCCCUUCAACUGGCCCGUCAAGAUUAACUCCAACGACGCCUUCUCCAUCCUCCGCAAGGACGGGUACAAGCAGCCGGUCGAGAGGCUCGUGCUGUCCCAGCCCGUCAUCCGUGACCUCGACCAGCCCCUCUACACCUUCAUUGUUGGUGACUUGAACGUUCAGAUUGGGGCUAUUGAUGGCAAGAUCCACAGCCCUAUCCGAUCUUAA